UCAUAUGAACGCCUUCUCUGACCCUUGUUAUAGACAAAACCCUGCCGUACACUUCAGAUCAGUCAGCAUGAUGACCAGUGACCAGUUCUCAUCAUCUAAUCGAAUGCAUAUUCAGAAUCCCUUGGAGAAGCCGGUCAAAAGUGGCUGGCUGAAAAAACAACAGAAAACGUUUGUCAAGAACUGGCAGCAAAAAUUCUUUAAGCUUCAUGGACAGCAUCUGUGUUACUACAAGGAUGAGGAUGACAGCAAGCAGCAGGGCUGCUUGUUCUUACCCAUGAGCAGAGUCAGCGAGGUUUCAUGCAGUCCCGACGAUGCUGGGAAAUAUAUUUUUGAGAUUACUCCAGGAUCAUCAAUUGAUCAAUUGAACAAACCGAUUCCAGACCCUUACGUCCUGAUGGCAAGCUCCCAAGCAGAGAUGGAGGAGUGGGUGAAAGCGAUCAGCAGGGCAGCAGGAACCAUAUCUGGAGUUGUGUUUGGACAGCGUCUGGUGGAUACCAUUGCCUAUGAGAAGAAAUAUGGAAGGCAUACAGUUCCUAUAUUAAUGGAGAAAUGUGCAGACUUUAUCUGUGAGAAAGGACUCAAUGAGGAAGGUAUAUUCCGCCUCCCCGGGCAGGACAAUCUAGUUAAGCAGUUGAAAGAGGCUUUUGAUGCUGGAGAGAGGCCAUCUUUUAGCAAAGAUACAGAUGUCCAUACAGUGGCAUCUUUAUUUAAACUUUACCUACGGGAGUUACCAGAACCUGUCGUACCAUGGUCACAAUAUGAUGACUUCCUUUCCUGUGAAGAAAAGAUCAACAAUGAUAAGGAUCAAGGUCAAGAAGAACUAAAGAAGCAUAUUUUGCUCCUUCCUAAAGAAAAUUACAACCUUCUGUGCUUUAUAUGCAGAUUUUUGUUUGAGGUACAAAAGCAUUCCAGCAUUAACAAGAUGAGCGUGGAUAACCUGGCCAUGGUAAUAGGAGUCAAUCUUCUAAGGCCGAAGAUUGAGGAGCCAGUGGCCCUUAUGAGAAGCGCUCCUCAGAUCCAGAAGCUUAUGACAGUGAUGAUCAGCCAGCAUGAGGAGUUCUUUCCUAAAGACAAUGACCUUCCAGUGGAACCCACCCGCAAGAAGAGCGACCAUAAAAAAAUGCAGCUUCCACGGAGUUCUGUAGGAUGGGAUACAGCAGAGGAGAAUCUGUUAUCUGGAGAAGAUACGACAGUUGAGGGUGACUUUCGUGGUAUAUCUAUCUCAGACAAUGUGCUCCAGGAGGAAGAAUUAUUUUCAAGGGAUAGACCAGGAUCAAUGAAAGCAGUUCCAAGAAAGCGAACUCAGACUUUACCCAAUGCAAACUUUUUUGUAUCAGGCAAGAAAGGAAGCAACAAAGUCGACAAUCAUACAGGGCAAGUUGACAGAGGAGAGUACUGCACAUCAUCCGCUUAUAGCCGCCAAGCUUUCACGGCAGUGUCUUCUCUUCGACACAAAAGGACUCUGUCAGAGGAUUUCAAGUGUCAUCGGAAAUCGACCUAUGAUAAUGUCCCUUGUCUUCAAAGUGACAUUGAGAAUAGUUCAAGGUCCAGUCCAGCAAACGUUUUUGCAAUCCCAGUAGGAGAGCAACCCGGCCAGCAAAGCCCAAACUCACCAAAGCACCGCAUGGACAUCACUGAAGGGUGCAGCAACUGCGUCAUUUUGCAGAGAGAAAUACAUGUUCAAAGGGAACAACUUAAUGACCAAAUACAAAGCCUACAAAAAGAGAACUAUGAGGUUUGGAAAAAAGUGGUGAAGUUAAACAAUGAGCUGGAGAAAGAAAGAAACAAAAGGAUGGCCGUAGAAGUUGCGUUACAGAAUGCUGAACGGUCAUGCAAGGAUGCAGAAAAAAAGUCAGGCAGCGAGAAAGAUUAAGAAUGCGACCCAUGGCUGCCACAAUCGCUUCCUAUUGUUAUUACCGCUCGAAAACGUAUAAUGGCUACAAUUUCAUACAGCAUAAGAAUGUUAGGUUUAUGAUAAUAUAAACCGUAUACAGCCAUCCAGUAAAGCAAAGCUACUGAAUAAGUGAGACCUUAGGAGGUAGAAUACUAUUUAUUAUGGUAAAGUAGUGGAC